AUGUCAUCAGAGCUUGAAUUAUUAAGACAGCAAGUUACCAACCUCAAGAUUGAAAAUACCAAGUUAAAACAGAUCAUAGAAGAAAUUGCUAAUCUUAGGAUCGAAAAUACAAAACUAAAACAAAUAAUAAAACAAAAUCGAACUACUAAUAUUGCUUCACAGUCUCCAGUUUCUUCGGUCUUAUCAGUAACUCCACAAAUGCCUACUCUAUCAAUUAAUAGCCACAAUAACACUGACUCUGUAAAUCUAGAGCAAACGCAAAGUACUAUUAUUGCGAAUGCAAUGGAGCUACACUCCUCUCACGAAGUUAAUUCUAAUGUCUCUGAACGGAUAGUCUCACGUAAUGAGAAAUCUAACACAUCUAAUUCUGAUAUACACCAGGAAUCGGAGACCUCCACAUCUCCUAUCCCUGCAAAAACUAUAUCAUCGGAAGAGAAAGAGGUUGUUGAUUUUCUGGAUUUAAAAGAAAAAGAAAGAAUCAGUAAUUUGAUGAGAGCAAGAAAUCGAGAAAAAAAGCUAUUACAAAAUAAUAAAAUAUCACAUAACCAAGAUUUAUCUUCGGAUAAUAAUUCAUCAGAACAAUCCAAUUCAUCAUGUAUCAUAAAAACUGUUACAGUGGAAACUGAGGAUUCUAUUGUUGCAAGAAAUAAUGAACUUACAUCUUCUGAAAUAAAAAUUUCAUACAAUCAAAAAGUAGAACAGGGUUUAAUAAGUAAAUUACUUGAAUUUAUUGCUGAAGGCAGUCACAAAGUGGCUAGGAGCAACGACACCAUGAUCCCACAAAAUUUGUAUUCUAUAUCUGGAAAACAAAUUUUUAACUUAUUUAAGAAAAAUAUGACAUAUGUGGGUGAUUUAACUAUAGGUACCACACCUUAUCUAGCACAUUUAUUCAAUAAGGCCGAAAAAACUAGUAGGAAGGAAAAAAUACAAUGGUAUUACUAUAGUGAGGAAUACGAAAAAAAGGUCAAAACUAUUAGUUUGGAAAACAAUAUUAGCGAUCAAAUGGCAAGAACACAAAUUUACGAUGAGAUGUCUGAAAAAAUAUUAACACCCGAAUUUCUGGAAUGGCAAGCUGAAUUAAUUGAUGUUUUAAUGGAUAAAAUUUGUUCCAAAUUAUAUAAAAGAUAUAAAAAUGAAACUGGUCUCGAUCCUUGGAUGGAUUCCAAACUCUCUGAAUCUUUUGAAAAAAAGACUUUAUUUGUACUGCAG